UACCGUUUCUUCUCACUGAAUUCGUUUCGCUUGUCAGAGUGAAAUAUAAUAUAUAUUCACAGUCGACAAGACAGUAUUGAUUGUAAUGGAAGAAGAAGGCACAAGCACUGCAGAUGCUGCUGCUGAGAAAGAAGAGUCUCAAGAGAAUGAGGGCAAUCAGACCCAGGAACCUGCAGUACCUAUCAAAUCUUCAGGGCCGGAAAGCAAAGAUGAUUCCAAUGACGGAGUGCCUAUGAGACGAGGAUCUCGAGAAUUAUCCAAACGAGAGUCAAAACGACUGUCAAAGUCGCAAAGCUCAACACAGUCAUUCAAAGGUCGACGUUUGUCUCAGAAAUCCAAAGGUUUGCCUCCCUUUCCACCACAGAUCACUGAACAAGGUGUAUUUGUUGGAAGGGACAAAGUCAUUAAUGAAAUAAGCAACAAUUUGAAACCUGACACACCUGAACAGGCAGUUAAAGUGCAGGUUGUUACUGGAGGUCCAGGCAUGGGAAAGACAAGGUUGGGAUAUGACUACGCUCUUAAACGGAGAUUACAAUACACUGGUGGAGUCUAUCUCUUCUCAUUGGAAACAAGAACAACAUUUCAUAACUCAAUCAGAGAAAACCUGGCUGCAGUUGAGCUUGAGCCGAGUGGUAGUGCCUUCUUGGACUUCAAACGACUACAGUCACAUCUGAUGUCUUGUUCUCAAAGUCUCCUUUUGUAUGACAAUGCCAAUCAACUCAAACUUGUUGAAGAUUACAUCCCAUUCGGUGCCUCUCAUACUCAUGUGUUAGUGCUGACUAGGAGAAUGGAUGUCCACUUUAGAAAGUUAAAGGAUGUGAACGUUAUCCAGCUGUCCUCACUUGAUACACCAUCAUCUGUUCAAUUACUUGCAAGUGUCAGCUCAGACGGAGAGAUAAAAUCUAUUAGCAAUUUCCAGGAGAAACGAUCCGAGGAUUACAAAUAUGCUUCAUAUGUUGUUGGUCCUAGAGGAGUUGGUGGUUUGCCAUUGGCAGUAAUUUAUAUGGCUGUCAUCCAGCGAUCUCAGCAGAAAACGUUUGAGCAAUUGUGGGAAAUGCUAGAUCCAAGGGAUCGUUUCUUUGUACAACCAACAAUCCUGGGUCAGUGGUUGGCAAAAUACAAGCUUCUCGGUUUCUCCAGAAAGCUUGAAGACGACUUGGGUAUUAAGACUCUGGACAGUCUAUGCUCUCUGGAACCCAGCGUAAUCAGUAGUUGCGAUUUAGAGGCUAAUGACAAGUUGGCACUCUCUGUUGCAAGAGAAGAUCUUAUUUCAUUUCCCACUAUUGGGCCAUGGAGAGUGCUACUUGACAUGAUAUGCACAGAUAAUUCUACAGUACGAAAUGUAUUGGUGGCUGCUUCAUUACUGCCAUCACAAAACAUUCCCAGUACAUUUUUACUUGCUUUUGCUGCAACAGGUCAAGAAAAAUAUGACAAAGCACUAGAAUUACUUAUAUCUAAUAUGCUUGUCACAGUCACUGAAAUUAAAGGCACCAAAACAGUGACUAUCCAUCCACUUGUGCAGGAUGCUGUACAGCAGUUUAUCAUAGUCACUGAAAGUGAACGUACGGACUGUCUCUCUCGUCUCAGUAGAAUUGUCCUAAAACUCUUGCCAGCAGUCAGUGAAGUACGCAAAAAUGGCAGGCUGUAUGAAUCAUCAGUGAAGAACUAUUCAGUCCAUCUCUAUCAUCUGGCAACAUUGAUUGUUGAUGUGUCUACAAUGACCAAAGAAAUUCGAGAUGUUCUUGAUCUUGCUUGUACACUAGGUGUUCGUACACGCAAUCCUGGUGUAGCUCGUCCACUUUGUGAUGCUCGUUUGAGAUGUGCUAGAAGUGAAGGAAACCAAGGACUCUUAUGCAUAGCUUUAGCAGAAGCUGGAAGGACUCAUUCUGUUCAGAGAAACGUUGAUAAAGCAAGCAAAUUUUUUAGCGAAGCAAGAGAAAUGCUAGAAGAUAACCCUGCCAGAGCCUCUCUGAAGUGGUGGUCUGAAGCAAUGAAUGAGCUUGCUGAAGGUUAUCGAGACUUACAACAAUAUGACAAGUACGAAGAAUUUAAAGGGAAGAUUAGGGACGUGUUGGAAGCUGCUGAAUUGAAGAAUACAUACUACUAUGCAACAGCUCUUGGAGCAUUGGGUGUAUGUAAGUUCCGGCAAGGAGAGCCUUCAGAAGCAAAGCAAGCAUCUCUAGAAGCAUUGCAAAUCUUGCGUGAAGUGCUUAUAGGAAAACAUCCUGAAAUUGGUUCAGAGCUUGCUCGACUAGGAAAGUAUUGCAGAGUGAUGGGUCAGUAUACUGAAGCUGAGGAGCACCUAAAGGAGGCCUUGACUGUUAGAAAGAGUUGUCUUCCAACUGCUGAUCCUCUUAUUGCUCAAUGUCUCAGGUUGCUCGGCCAAUUGUACAAUGACUGGGAGAAGUACGAAUUGGCAGAGAAAGUACUGACAGUUGCCUGGUCAGUUCUUAACUCGUCAAACACUACGAACAGUGAAGAAGCUGCAAUAGUGUGUAGAGUGUUUGGAGUAUGCCGCUCAUAUCAAGACCAUGCUGAAGAGGGUGAAAAGCAAUUACAUCAAUCUGUUGGUCUUCUCACAAACAUGUAUGGAGCUGAACACGAGGAAACUGCAGAAGCCCUGCAUGAUUUGGGAUGGUGCCUCUGGCAUCAGGGACAAAAGGAGAAAGGAGAGCAACAUCUUCGAACUGCUCUUGCAAUAAAGACAACGAAGUAUUCUCCAGAGCAUCCAAGCACGGCAGACACCAGUCUUGUGCUUGGUCAGUGCCUUGUGGACCAAAGCGACCACGUACAGGACAAAAAGGAAGAGGCUGCUGCGUUAUUCACAACUGUUGUAGACAUUAGGAAUAAAUGUUUACCACCAAACAGCCCAAAACUAGCAAAUUCAUGGUUUGAACUGGGACGUUGCUUGUGGCUCCAGGAUGUCAACACACAAGCAGAAGCAGCCUUCCGAGCAGCUCUAAACAUCUACAAUCAAUACACCAAUGCAGACACACUGGAGAGAGCAUGGACACUGGAUUACCUUGGACGAAGUCUUCUCUACCAGGGGAGAGCACGAGAGGCAAAACGUGCCCUGUCAGAAGCUCUUUCAAUUCGGAAAAAGAAAUUGCCAGCCAAUGAUGUGACUAAAGGAUGGAAUUUGUAUUACUUGUCAAUGUGUCAUAAAGAGGACAGUGAACCAGUCGAGGCAUACAGGCUUAUGUCAGAAGCAAGAAUGAUCUUAGAGAAAACUCAGGGAUUUGAUGACGAAGAAACAAAAAUGGUCGUGGACAGUCUGCUAACUCUAAGAAGGGAUAAGACUGAAACACGCAUCGGAGGCAACGAAAAGUCAGGUCGAAGGUGCACGAUAUUGUGAAUUGCCAACAUAUUUGUUGUUGUUGGAUUUUACUAUUGCAAGUUUACUAUUGCACUGCAUUGCUAUCUUGUUGUCAUUGACUUGUACUGUAUUAUUACUCCUCACAGUGUAUGAAUUUACGACAACAGUUUGUCCUACAAAAAAAGUGACUCUUAUUGGAAGUCUUUCACUGGCAGAUCGUUGCCUUCAGUGCAGAACAGGGCUGGAUAGAUUGCAACUGCUGUUGCCAAAUUCAUCUAAUGACCUCAAUUAUUUGUAACAGGUUUGCACGUUUGAUUUCACUGAGCAGCAGCAAAUGUCUUUCUCAGUUCAAGGGUUAUUUUGUAUCAAUUUGUAAUGCCACUGGCAAUGCGUGUGUGUGUGUGUGUGUG